AUGAAGAGAUGCAAACUCCGCCGCUGUCACUCACCAUCACCAUCCAAGACUAACGGACCCCUAAAACCAGAAGUUAACGAAGAGCCGAAUGCCGAGGAACCCCAACAACAAAAUGACCAGCAUGCCGAGGAACCCUACAUUCUGCAAGUGCCAGACUACAUCAUAUUCGAGAUCUUGUCCAGAAUCCCAAUCACAACCAUGAACCGAUGCCGGUUCGUGUGCAAGUCUUGGCUCCGCUUGUUCUCAGACCCCAGUUUCACCAAAACCCUAUGUUGCAGAACACCCACCAGCCUUGUUGUUGUGUCGUCUACCCCAUCUAGGGACUACUACUUGGUCGGCCUGGACGAGGCCUCCAGACCAAACGGAGAUGUGUUGGAGCUGUGUAGUUAUAGCAGGGAGUGCCUUGACAUAAUCGGUUCUUUCAAUGGUUUCCUCUUCCUAUAUGAUUCCGCGCUUAUCGAUGAUCAUCGUCUUUACUUAUCCAAUCCCAUCACCAGAGAGCGUUUGGCCUUGCCCAAGUAUGAUGGUCUUAAUAUAGACACUAACUUGGGGUUUGGGUUUAGUCCAGCCAGCAAUGUCUACAAAGUAUUUGUGUUUAAAAGUGAAGAAGAAAAUGGAGACUUCCAAGACGAAUAUAAUGAAGAGGAGGUGGUGGUUUUGACGGUUGGCUCUUCGGUUUGGAGAAACAUUGGGAAGUAUUCAGUCUAUUUUGGGAAUACAGAAUAUGGAUUUCCUUUUAAUGGCUUUCUUCAUUGGGUUGGGAGAGCCAAUAAUUUGGUAUGGGGAUUUGAUGUAGAAAGGGAGCUUUUCCAACAGUUUCCACCACUCCCAUUGACAUCUGAGGAUACUAUUCUUCUUGACAGUAGUGAUUCGAGACUUGCAGCUUUGAGAGCUUCGCUCUGCCUUAUAGUUACUAGGGGCCAAAAAGUCAGUGUUUGGGUGAUGAAGGAUCAUGGUGUUAAGGGGUCUUGGAAUAAGGAGUUUGAAAUUCUGAAUGAGUCUUUCGAUCGAUAUAUUCCUCAGCUACUGAAAUUUACAGAGGGGCAGGUCUUGUUGUUACGUGACGCUCAAUUGGAAACUCAUAGUCCUGGAAAAAAAGGCUUUUCCAUGGUUGAGGUUGAUGGGAUACCAAAAAAGCUUUAUAGUGGAUAUGUCCAUAUUCCAAGCUUUAUUUCGCUUGCGGAUAUCAGGGGUUAAAGCUCCAAGAUACUAUAUGUAAUAGCUGACGCCUAGCACAUGCAUAUUCCAGAUUGUGUACAUCAAGUAUAUUAUAUGGAGAUGUGAUUUUGAGUAGUGGGUGAGUGCUUGGUGGUGAAAUUCCUUUCACAAUGCUAGACUUCAGACUGAUGGUGCUCUUUCUCUGCCUCUCAACUCCAACAGCUUUCUCAUGUAUGAAUUUGACAGAAUUGGAAACUAGGGUUAGAUGUGAUUUCUGGACUUCUGUUUUUCAAUUUUUAGGUUGUCCCCUUUGUUUCCUAAAACCUGCUUUCUUGUAUGAAUUUUUAUUUCAAGUAGCUGAUCGGAAUAUUU